AUGGUUUCAAAUAUCUGGGUGGCUACGGCCGAUAAUGAUCAGGCUCUUGUAAAGAAAUACAUCGAGUCUGGCGAAUUUUCUGCAAAUUCCAAGGACCCCAACGGGUACACCCCCAUCCACGCUGCUGCUUCAUACGGUCACAUCGAGCUUCUUCGCUACCUUCUUGAACAAGGAGGAGAUAUAAAUAUCCAGGACGAGGAAGGCGAUACGCCUUUGCAUCAUGUCGAAGACCUUACUGUCGCUACGACGAUUGUGGAAGAGUUCAAGGCUGACUUCAAGAUCAAGAAUGCCGAGGGCCAGACACCAGCACAGUUCAUAGAAGAGGAAGACGAGUUCCCAGAACUAGCAAAAUAUUUGCGUUCUUUAACUCAUGACGAGCCAUCCUCCUCUCUUCUAGACAACCUCCCUGCUCCAGGCGAAGCAAAUGGCCAUCAAAUCCGUUACACUAUGGAAGAGGACCAAGGCAAUGGCGAAAUAGACGAAGAAAGAAGAAAGAAGUUGGAAGAAAUUGUUAACAGUGAAAACCCUGAAGAAGCUUUGAGAGAGUUGGUUACUUCAGCUGUCAGAGACGGAUUGGCUCAAUAUAAGGAGAACGAGGAACCUGGCACAAAGAGGCGGAGGGAAUAA